UUAGUAGUGACCAUAGUUGACAGGGUUCUACCCUGUGGUCUUUAGGGAGUCAGUCAGUAGGUCAGUGUGUCUGGGUAGGUCUACGUGGUGAGGAGUGGGACCCCUGUCGUGCACCAACACCACGAUGGAUGACUAUCCGAUGUAUGGGCUACUUGUUGGGUUCUCCCUCUGGGGGACCCUCUGGCGUCUCCUGUUUCCGCUUGGCUUCUGGCCCACGUUCACGUGUAGAGUAGGGCCCACUCGUGGUGGUACUUCCACCCAGCCAUACACGAAGGAGGAGGAGGAGAAGAUGACCGCCAUCCUGCAGGAGAGAAAGGAGAAGAGGGAGGCCAAGAAGAAGGCCUUGCAGGAGGAGCAGGCGGCCAAGCUGAAAAAGAUUGAGGAGGAGAUGGCCAGAGAAAAGGAGAGAUUAAAGAAAGAAGAAGAGGAGAAGUUAAAAGAGGUGGAUGAGGAAGAAGAGGAAGGACCGCCGCUGCAAAGGAGUGGGCAACACAGUGGCAAUCGAGAUGAUGAGAUGGAGAAGAAGAUUUCGGAGUGGGUCGCCAACUUGUCCUUGGGUGAAGAGGAAGAGGUCGCUAUGUACGUCCCCAAAGAUGAGCAAGAAGCCGCUAUGAAAAAAUGGGAAGCAAAAAAAGAUGUGCUGACGCGGCGGGCGAUGGAGGAUGAACAGAGGAUGCCGUGGAAGCUCUUUGUGACGAGGGAGAAAAAGAGAAGAGUGGAGGUGGCGAAUGCAGCAAUGCAAGAACUAGCGGAGGUGAGGACUGCUUUAACAACACAAUUAACUCCGCAAGUAGAUCUCCAACGCAAAGUGGAGAUCAUCGCCCAAAGUGUUGAUCGGUUAGCCAAAGUGCAAGAAAAGCACUAUGAGUUUAGUCGCAGCCAGGAAAUAUCUGUGCGUUCGAUGCGAACGGGAUUACGGGAUUUUGCUCGCGAAUUAGUAGGCGCUGUGGGGUCGGAGGUGAGUCACCACCUUGAGAAGACUGAGCGUUUUUGUGUUGGCGCUAUCGAAGGCGUCAAGGUGGCAACUCCCAAGGAGGAGGCUCGUCCUCGCAGGGAGCCAGUCAAAGUCAAAUUCCCUGAUUCCUACAGUGGGAAAAGGGAAGAGAACUUUGACAAUUGGGAGGCCAAUGUUAAGACCGAUGUGCAUUUGCAACAGGUCUCCCCGGAUCAGCAGGUCUUAAUUGCGAUCCAUGCACUUAGAGACGAGGCCGCCAGUUUCGCGAGAUCCCUUGUUUGUGCUGCCAACUGUAAGGGAGUUCAGACGUAUUUCCGCCUAGAGAAAGGUGGGAAGGUGGAGAAGGCCCUCCACUCCCUGACUCUCCUCGUAGAGGACAACCUCCCGUUUGAUAUAGUACUGGGAAUGGAUUGGGGAGAGGCAGCCGGGGCAACGCUCCAUCUGAAGGAGCACGAGUGUAGACUCCCUAGUUCUGCAGGGGAGGCUAAGACCGCCCGCCUGUUUCAUGUGUCAGGAGUAGAGAAUUCCUUGGCACAUUGCUGCCUUAGUGCCCCUGCGUUCGCCAGAUUGGUGAAGAAGGAGAAAUUAGAGGAACAGGUCUUUGUUGCCUAUGUUAGGCCCGUCACUGAGCCUACGGAAGAGAAGCCGAUGGACCCUGCGAUUGCCAAGCUGCUGGAGGAGUUUAAGGAUUUGACCGAGCCGCCGACAGGCACGGUGCCGCGGCCCAUCCAGCACCGUAUCGAGAUAGAGCCUGGCAGUAGAACUCCUAAGGGUGCUGUGUAUAGGAUGUCCCCGCGGGAGUUAGAGGAGCUUCGCAAGCAAUUAGACGAGCUCCUCGAGAAGGGUUGGAUUGGGCCCAGUUCGUCUCCUUUCGGAGCGCCUGUUCUCUCUGUUCCUAAGAAAGAGGGAGAGCUGAGAAUGUGCAUAGACUAUAGAGGUCUGAAUGCUAUUACAGUAAAGAAUGCUGAGCCACUGCCUAGGAUCGACGAUCUCUUAGAUCGAGUGCAGGGGGCUAAGUAUUUCUCUAAGAUAGACUUAAAGUCCGGAUAUCAUCAGAUAGAGGUACACCCUGAUGAUCAGUAUAAGACAGCCUUCCGGACUAGGUACGGGCAUUAUGAGUUUAUAGUGAUGCCCUUUGGACUAACCAAUGCGCCAACAACUUUUCAGCGRUGUAUGAAUGAUUUKUUUAGGCCGUGGUUAGACARAUUCGUUGUAGUUUAUCUAGAUGACAUCCUAGUGUUUAGCCGGACCCUCGAAGAGCAUCGGGGUCAUUUCAGGCAAGUCUUGGAGAAGCUGAGAGAAGCUAACUUCAAGAUCAAUGCAAAGAAGUGCGAUUGGGCGAAGAUCCAAGUUUUGUAUCUAGGCCACGUCUUAAGCGAGACGAUAGCAAGAUCGCAGCGAUUAGAGAUUGGCCCACGCCACGUACGCUGACAGAGUUGCGCUCGUUCCUGGGCUUAGCGAAUUACUACAGGAAGUUCGUAAGGAACUUCUCCACCAUCGCUGCACCCCUUCGCAGAUUGCUGAGAAAAGAGACAAUCUGGAAGUGGGACAAUCUGGAAGUGGGACAAGGAAUGCACGUCCGCCAUGAAGAAGCUAAAGCAGGCGUUGAUAGAGUGUCCGGUCCUUAAGGUCGCCGACCCGUCCUUGCCUUUUGUUGUUACUACGGAUGCUAGCCAGUACGGCAUAGGUGCAGUGUUACAGCAAGACGAUGGCACUGGCUAUAGACCCGUAGAGUUCAUGUCCGCUAGGAUGCCUUCAGAGAAGGUUGCGACAUCUACCUAUGAGAGGGAACUCUACGCUCUCAGGCAAGCAUUAGACCACUGGAAGCACUACUUGCUUGGGAGGCACUUCAAAGUCUAUUCGGACCAUGAAACGUUAUGGUGGUUAAAGACCCAGGCCAAGAUGACACCUAAGCUUACUAGGUGGGCCGCAGAGAUAAAUCAGUACGACUUCG